AUGUCGUCAGCAUGGACAGCGGCAAUCAAGGCCUCAGCUACUCUGUUCGUGACGAACCUCCCCGAGCUCAUCGCAGCAUCUGACGUGUCUGACAAGGCUGUUCUGAGCUCGCUGGCCGAGGCUGUUGUGGCCACCCUUGAUGCGUACACCGACGAGCCGUCGCAGCAGCUGGUCCGCGAGUUUGUGCGGGAUCAUUUGAUGCCUAUCGCCGCCUUUGAGAAUGCGUUUGUGACGUACGUUGGCAAGUUGACCAAGGCCAACAAGGCGGCGCCGUCCGGCGUUGUCUACACCCUCUGCCGCUGGAGCUGCCUGCUGCUGGAGCGGCCGGCGCUUGUUGCAGCGCUCAAGGACGAGGCGGCGCAGGCCGACGGCGGCAAGUCGCGCUACGGCCUCCUUGUUGGCUCGAUUCUCCUCCAGCUGCACCUGCUGCACGCCGCAAGCCCGUCGCUCGACUCGGGCUUGUACGCCUCGGCUUUGGUGGCGGUGCGGGCGGCGCUGGCGAGCCUCGGCGACGAGCUCGCUGCCGCUGUUCUCGGCGACCUCGUUGCCAAGGUUGCGCUGGCCGGCAAGGCCGAUCCGGCCAUGGGUCUUGGCGUUGUCGGCCUUAAGGCCGGCGUGGUGACCGGGGUCUCGCUCGCAGUCUUUGCGCCGAUGGUCGCCGCCAUGGACCGCGAGCUCUUCACUCAGUGCGUUGCCGCGACCGUCUCAGCCUUUAAGCGAUCGGUCGACGCUGGCUUCGCCUUUGCCACGCUCCUGGUGUGCGAGACGACCAUGGACCUCUCGGCCUUUGCCCGCAACGGCGACGGCGAGGUCUCGUUUUCGGCGACCCACGCCAAGGCGUCGCUCGGCGCCAUGCUGCUCAAGGCGGCGCGCCACGAGAACGACGAUGUGCGCGAGGAGGCGCUGAGCGUCUUUGGCGUCUUUGUCGCUGCCGUCUCGGACCCAUCGGUUCUCCGCGACAUGGUCGCUGGCCUCGGCGACGCCGUCAACGGCAAGUGCGGCUCGGUCUCGCUCUGGUACGCGCUCGGAGGUACGGCGCGGGCACUCGGCGUUGUUGCGUCGGCGCCUGCAGGCUCGAGCCUUCUGGCCGAGCUUGCGCCGACGGCUCUGGCACCACUUGCUGCCGUUCUCGCGUCCAACUCGAACGAAAAGGCUCUGGUGGCGGUGCUCCGCGGUGCAGGGCCGUGGCUCCGCGCUGCGCGGGAGGUCCCGGCCGAGUGGCCCAAACUCCUCACCAAGUUCCUCUCGGUCUCCAAGAACAAAAAGUCGCAGGCCCGCCUCGCCGCGCUCCACAUGCUCCAUGAGAACAUGCAUGCCACGCUCGCGCAUGGUCUUCUUCCACUUGUCCCGGUCCUUCUAGAGGCAGUGAGCGCUGGCAUGGCCAAGGGCAAGCUCGCCUUCCCCGACGCUGCAGUUGCUGGCGCUGUCCUCAUGGCCAUGGGCAAGGUCGAUAGCAGCAUUGAGGCUGAGACUGCAGCGCAGGUUGUGGACAGCAUCGCCGACGGCGCUGCCUUUGACGGCUCGUUUGUGGCACACGUCGCGACGACGCCCGAUGCCAUUUCCACCAAGAUCUCUUGGCGCGACCUUGUCGCCUUUGCCUCGCUUGUGGGCGCGCUCAACACCCGGGUGUACUACUCGCAGCUCGUGGCAACGCUCUCGCCGGAGCAAGUUGCUCUCCUGGAGCGGUGCCUGGUGGUGCUGGCGCUCUACCCGGACGAGCGAGUCCAAACCGCUGCGCGCGAUGCCAUGAGUGUGGUUGUGGCUGAGACGGCGACCACGCGCGCGGUUUUCCUCUCGCACUUUGCGAGCGUGCUCGUCGCACUUGACGAGGGCCACCUGGCGCCUGAGGCGCUGGCGGCGCGGGCUGCGUCGAGCUCUGACGGUGCGGCAGCCUCGUCGGCGACGGAGGCGCCCGAGUCGCUGGCAGCCAACCAGCUUUGGGCAAUGCGGCAGGCGGCGACCCGGGCUCUGGAGGCGCUCUUCCUCGCCGGUGCUCCGGCUGCGAGCGAGUUGCCUGUUGAUGAGGUUGUUGCCGGCUGCGUGCUUGCCUUUUCGCGGUUGGUCCGCAAGAACUCGUGGACGCCCGAGGAUGAUGCUUGGCAUGACGGUUGCGCCGAGGCGUGGAAUGCGGUUUGCGCCGUAGUUCCCGGUCUCGACGACGUGCUCUUUGGAGACGUGCAUGUCGAGCCGUGGACGGCGCUGGUGCAGGCAAUGACGGGCAAGCUGCAGCGGCAGUUUUCAGCGCUGCUCUUUGGCUCGUCGCCGUACUUUGCGGACGCUGCGUUGCACAUCACGGGGUACAUUGCGGCGGUGGCCGACGUGCGACCGGCUGCUGCUGCUGCGGUGCUAGAAAUGGCGAGCUCGGCGCUCGCUGAUGGCGCGUCGGUGCUCGGCUCCAUGACUGCCAAGGAUGUGUUGAUUGAGGGCACGCCCGAGGGCACGCUCGCGCCGAACGUGGAACAGAAGACCGGGCUGGCGGCCGAGGUCGGCGCUUCCAAGGCUAGCAGCAAGUCGGCGACCAAGUUGAGCAAGGGAGCGGUGGUCAUGAGCUCCAAGACGACCAAGCGGCGUGGCAAGGCGCCAGUGACCAUGGGCAAGACCAAGGGCAAGGGCCGUGGCGCGAAGCGGGCCGGCGGCAAGGCGUCUGGCCUCAAGGUCAUGCCCAAGGGCAAGGCCGGUGGCAAGGGUAAGGGCGUCGGGGCAAAGGGCCGCGCCAGUGCGGGCGCGACCGGAAAGUCGACGGCACAGUCGACGAUGACCGCCGAGGAGAGGGCGCAGGCGAUUGCAGCCGAGUCGGUGCGGCGCCAGCAGCUGCGGAGCGCGCUGACGAGGUCGUCGAUGGCUGGCAAGAUCGUGGCGAGCUCGGCGCGACUGAUGAAGAACACUGCGCUGUGUGCCAUGGUCGGCUCGCUUCUCGACGCCGGCCUCGCGGUGGCGACGAGUACCUGGUGUGAGGCGUCCAAGAUUGGCGUCGCCGUUGUGGCGGCGCUGUCGGCGACGAUCGACCCCGAGUUGGUGGCGUCGCGGCAUGUGUUUGCGGCGGCAAUGCUGGGCGCGGCAGGCGUGAGCCUGCCGGACGAGGCUUGGCAUGGCGUGGAGGUGAGCGAGGCACGCAACACGUUGAUGGACAUUCUCCGGGCAACUCGGCCGACGCACAGGUAUGCCGAGCCGACGUUCUUCUUUUUGUUGCCGGUCCUGGCAAGCGUUGUGAAGACGACGAGUGCGGCGCCGGAGCUGCGCGACUUUGCGCUGCGGACGGCGCUGCGCUGUGUGUCGCUCAAAGGCGCGCUGCCGCGGGACCAGGUCCUGGAGCUCUGUCUCUACGUGGUGACCGACUACCCGCGGAUGGAGAGCGCGGCAGCCAAAGCUCUGGUCAAAAUUGCCGAGCUUGUGGAGCCUACGGAGGCCGGCGUGCUGUUUGAGACGCUCCGCUCGCCGAACCAGCACAUCCGCGGCUUGGGUCUCCGGGCCCUGCUUGGUGCGCAGUACGGCGUGGAGUUGACGGGUAACUCGCAGCGGUACAAGGCGCUGGUGUACAUGGCGACCAAGGAUUCGAUCGAGGCCAAUGCUGCGCUGGCCAGCGAGCUGUGGGCUGCGUGGGAGCUGACACCCGAGUGGGAGGUCGACGAGGUGGAGCUGCGAACGCCGACGGCGUCCGAAGCUGCCGACGACGGCGUGGUCUCGCUGUUUGCAGAGCGGGCGCUCAUUCCCCUGAUGAGCGACCCUUCGCGUGACAUCCGUGCGCAGGUUGCGCGUGCGGUGGUGAGUUCGUCGCUCGCAGAGCGAGGCUCGGGCGUGACAGCCACGCCGGAAGCGUUCCUCGCCUGGGUCCUUGCACGGAUCGAGUCUGCGCCUCCGGUGGCGGUCGACACGUCGGCUUCCGUCAAGACGGCGAUGUCUGCGACCGAGCUCGCGGCGCUGCAGGCGACCCAGUCGCACAUGCAGGCUGCCAAUGCGCGGGUCCGCGAGGGCAUGGGAUUUGUGCUUGCCGAGAUGGGGCGAGUGGCCUCCCUCGGCGAGAGCUCGCUCGUGACUCUCCUCGACUACUUUCUGGACUCUGGCCUGCUCGACGAGUCGGAGGAGGUCCGCGAGGCGUACCGUGACGCCGGCGUGUCGCUCAUCAAGGAGUGCGGGCGCGACCAUGCGGCGAACCUGCUCUCUGUCCUGCAGCGGGAGUUUGACCACGAUGCGAUGUCUGCUGCGGACGACCUGCGGCGCGAGAUUGUUGUGACGUACCUGUCGGCGCUGGUCAAGCACUUGCCCAAGGGUAAUCCGCUGUUUGAGGGCGUGUUUGACUCGCUUAUGGCUGCGGUGAUGACGCCGUCACAUGCGGUGCAGAGUGCGGUGGCCAAGUGCCUCGCCAAGCCGGCCAAGGAGGUCAAGUCGAAGGCUCAGAACAACUUGGAGGUCAUGCUUGGCCUGCUGAGCUCGAAGGAGACCCCAUACGCGGAGCGGCGCGGCGCGGCUCACGCGCUGGCGGGUCUUGUCAAGGGUCUGGGCCUUGGUUCGAUCAAGCAGUUUGGCGUGAUGGAGAAGCUGGCCGAGAGCGUCAAGAGUAGCAGCGGAGACGUCCGGCUGGGUGUGUACUUUGCGUACGAGUGCUGCGCCAAGGUGUGGGGCCCGCUCUUUGAGCCGUACGUUAAGCACGCCCUCUCGCCCCUUCUGGAGGGUCAUGCCGAGACGGACAAGGAGGUGCGGCAGAUGGCGUCUGCGGCGGCGGCGUCGAUUGUGUCGCGGCUCUCAGCGCACGGUGUGAAGAAGAUCCUGCCGACGGUGCUAGAGGCGAUGGACGUGCACCAGUGGCGCGCGCGCCAGGGCGCGAUCCGGCUGAUGGGCUCGCUGGCGAUGUGUGCGCCCAAGCAGCUUGCGGUGUGCCUGCCCGAGGUGGUGCCGCGGCUGGCGAUGGCGGUGAAGGACUCGCACCCCAAGGUCAAGCACUCGGGGACCAAGGCGCUGGAGAAGAUUGCCGCUGUGGUGCGCAACCCCGAGGUGAGCAGCGUGGUCCCGACGCUUCUUGCGGCAUACUCGGAGCCGACAAAGUGCACCGAGGCGGCGCUCGACGCGCUGAUGACCACCUCGUUUGUGCAUCGCAUCGACGCACCCUCGCUGGCGCUUAUCAUCCCGGUUGUGCUCCGUGGCCUGCGGACGACCAAGACCAAUGCGCGGACAAAGUCUGCGCGCAUCAUGGGCUCGCUCUGCACGCUUGCGUCGCCUUCAGACCUGCUCCCGUACAUGGAGCACGUGAUGGAGGAGCUUCGUGACACGGUGAGCGACUCAUCGCCGGCGGUGCGAUCGGUGGUGGCGCACGCCAUCGGCUCGCUGGUUGCCGGGGUGGGCGAGGAGAACUUCACCGACACGGUGGCCUGGCUCUGGACCGAGACCGGCGACGGGUCGUCGAUGGUGGCACGGCUGGGUGCGGCUCAGGCUCUUGCCGAGGUCAUUGGCUCGCUGGGCGCAGACGCGUUUGCCGAUGCCAUUGACGAGCUCUCGGAGAAAACGAGCUCGCCGAACGCUGCCACCCGAGAGGGCUUCCUCAACGUCUUUGUCUUUAUCCCGCCUGUGCUGGGUGACGCCUUUGCUGACUAUAUUUCCGUCGUCCUUCCUGUGGUUCUGCAGGGUCUUGCUGACGAGGCCGAGGCUGUGCGUGACCGGGCGCUCAAGGCCGGUAAGGUCAUUGUUGCCGGCUUUGCGGCGGACGCGCUCGAGCUCCUCUUGCCUUCGCUCAUGGAAGGCCUCUUUGACGAUGACUGGCGGAUCCGCGAGUCGUCUGUCGAGCUCCUUGGUGACCUUCUGUUCCGGCUCUCGGGCAUUUCGGGCAACUUGCAGGUGGACACAGUCGGGUCUGGCGACGAAGGCAUGACGAAUGCCGAAACGGAGGUGGACCUCACGCUCCGGCUGGGCCUGGAGCGGCGCAACAAGGUCUUUGCGGCGCUGUACAUGAUGCGGCUGGACCUCUCGCCGCUGGUGCGGCAGGCCUCUCUGCGGGUGUGGAAGCAGCUGGUGGUCAACACCGGACGGAUGCUGAUCGAUGUGGCGCCUGCCAUGAUGGCUCUAAUCAUCGACUCGUUGUCGUCGGCGAACCCGGAUCAGCGCCAGAUUGCAUCGCGGUCGCUCGGCGAUGUGGUGGCCAAGCUUGGGGCACGGGUCAUGGGUGUUGUCAUCCCGAUUCUGCGGUCCGAGCUGGACUCUCCCGAUUCGGACACGCGGCAGGGUGUGUGCCUGGGCCUCUCCGAGGUCAUGGCGUCUGCGCCGUCGGGUACGCUCUCGUCGUACGUGGGAUCGAUUGUGCCUGCUGUCAAGGCGGCCCUGUGCGACCCGUCCGAGGACGUGCGCGAGGCUGCGGCGCAGGCGUACGACGUGCUCUACUCUGUGGUCGGCCAGGAGGCGCUGGCCAAGGUUAUUCCGCCGAUGCUGGCCCAGGUCAACAAGGCGUCGGACGAGAAGAGUGAGUAUGCGCUGGACGGGCUGCGGCAGAUUCUUUCUGUCCGCUCGCACGUGGUGCUCCCAUACUUGCUGCCGAAGCUUGUCGAGCCGCCGCUUACUGCAGUCGACUGUCAGGCGCUGGCGACACUCUCCGAAGUGGCCGGCUCUGCGCUCAACGCGCACCUCUCCAAGCUGCUCUCGCCGCUGAUGGACGCCAUGGCGUCGGACGACGACGACGUGGCGAGCGCGGCGAAGCAGGCUGCCGAGGGUGUGGUCCUCGCGGUCUCGGCCGAGGGUGUCUCGACCGUUCUCGGUGAGCUGCUGGACACUCUGGCCGACGCCGAGGCCAAGGGUGCGGUGCGCGAGAAUGCGGCCAAGCUGCUUGCGGCGUUCUGCGAGGCAAACACGUACGACAUCUCGUCGGAGCUGUAUAGCCUGUUCCGGCAUCUCCUCGCGCUCUUUGUGCAUGAGUCCGACUCGGUGGUGGCGGCCGCCUGGAGGGCUCUGCUGGCAGUGACCAAGUCUGUGGACAAGGACGAGCUCCUGCCGUACAUUUCGCACGUGCGCAUGCUGCUCAAGCGGCUUCGGGUCUCGGCUGGCCUGCGGCUCUCCCCGCUCGACGGCUCGCUGACGCUCGAGGAUCUCGCCAGUGUGGAGAUUCCCGGCUUUGGCCUGCGCAAGGGUAUUGACCCGCUGGUGCCGAUGCUCCAGCAAGGCCUGAUGUGCGGCUCACCGGAGCUCCGCGAGGCUUCGGCUCUGGGCAUUGGCGAGGUGGUGGCGAUGACGCCGCCGUCGGCGCUCAAGGCGUACGUGGUCAAGCUCACUGGACCGCUCAUCCGAGUCAUCGGCGACCGGUUCCCGGCACAGGUCAAGGCUGCCAUCCUGUCGACACUGCGCAUGCUGCUGCUGAAGGGCGGGAAGAGCAUCAAGCCGUUCCUGCCGCAGCUGCAGACGACGCUGAUCAAAGCGCUUAACGACCCGGCUCGCGAUGUGCGGGUCAAGGCCGCGACCGCGCUCGGCAUCCUCAUUCCGCUACAGUCGCGGGUUGAUCCCCUGCUCACCGAGCUGAGCAACGGCGUGGGCAAGUCGGAAGACGACGUCAAGGAGACCAUGCUCAAGGCUCUCGCCGCCGUCCUCCGCGUGGCAGGCGCCAAGAUGAAGGCCAAGACCCAGGCGCUGCUCAAGCCGACCCUGGUUGCUGAGCUCGGCUCGACCGAGACCGGCGUGCGGACAGAGGCUGCGCUCGCGCUCUCGCUCUUUGCCUCGUUCCUUCCGGCUGACGAGGCCGCGGCGCUGGUUGACGACGUUGCGCUGGCCGAGCCGUCGUCCGACUGGCUUACUCGCUGCGGCGCGGUCACUUUCCUCGGCGGCGUGGUCGCCAACGCGCCGGAGCUCCUCGCCGGUCGUGAGAGCGCGGUAAUGGCGGCGCUUUCGGCGGCGGCGGCCGACGACCGCGCGCCUAUUCGCAUGGCGGCGGCCGAGGCGCUCGGCGCCGGCCUCUACUCGCCGUCGGGCGUCCUCGACGCCACUGUCGACGCCGCCCUCUCUAACCUGGUCGCGCUUCUUGACGACGAGUCGCCCGACGUCGUCGCCUCCGCCCUCACCCAACUCAAGGCCAUUGCCCGGUCCGACGCCGCCGACGUCCUUGCCGGCUCGCUCCCGAGCCUCGCAGCUACAAUGGCCGAACUCGCCCGCGGCAAGUCGAUCGCCGUCAAGCUCGCCGCUGAGCGCGCCCUCCUCUACCUGCUCAACCUCCACCGCGAGGCGCCCGAGAGCUCAGCACAGUUUGCAGCGGCGACAGCCGGCCAGAGCGGCAAGACUGUGUCGCAGUACGUCACUCGCGUGCUGGCCAAGAAGGUCGGCGACAACUACGUCGAUUCGGACGGUGACGAUGACGGCGAGGAUGAUGGUGCUGGCACAAACGUCGAGGCCGAGGCCGAGACCGAAGCGGAAGCGGCGCACACCUGA